CCAUCAGCUGAUGUCUGUAAAUACCUUUGGUUGCCAGGAAGUGAGCUUGUAUGUGUGCCAAGCUUGAAAAUGAAGGGACAAAGCAUCUUCAAGUAAAAUAAUCGAGUGAAAUACUUGCGCUUUUGAGGAAAAGUGAAACGAAUCGACUUUGGACAUGGAUAAGCAUGGAAGAAGUCAACCGUGGGGGAAGUUGGUAGAAGUGGACACUGAAUCUGAAGUAUUGCUUGUCAACAGGGAAUGCACUGUUGGGCGAAGAAAAGGCUGUGAUCUUUCCUUUCCUGCUAACAAACUGGUGUCAGGGGACCACUGUAAAAUAAUCCAGGAUGAGAGCUCAGGCUUGGUGUGGCUGGAGGACAUGAGCACCAAUGGCACAGUGAUUAACAUGUCCAAGCUCGUGAAGAAGCAGAUUCAUAUGUUGCAGAAUGGUGACGUCAUCUACUUUGUCUACAGGAAAAACGAGCCAGAGCAAAACAUUGCCUACACGUAUCAGUCUAUAAAACCAGAGCGCCCUUUCUCACAACACAUAAUUGGAGGUUCAGCCAGAGGCUCAGAUAUGCAGCAGGAAUCCCAUACCUACCCCAUUCCAGCAGCAGUAUGUGGUUCUGUGGAGCCAGUCCUGGUUGGUCCUCCACGGGAGCAGGCCUUAGAGGAGCCCCAGCCCUCCACCUCCUCCUCCCACCUCCUCCACACAGUCUCACCUUCCACAGCAUGUUUCUCCUCAGCUUCCCUUCUCCACUACUCUACUUCCACCUCAGGUUCUGAGGGUCCUGGAUGUGCUGCGUCCUUUCUCCGUUCUCCUGCUGGUGCUACCUGCAAAGCUGAGGAGCCCAGCACAGCCGACCGCCAGACUGAAGCCCAGAGCAGAGUCAGUGUUCUGGAUAAGGCAGAGGGGGUAAUGGAGCCCGAGAGAAAGAGAAGGAAAACUGACAGUGCUGAUACGGCCUAUGAUUUUGGAUUGCCACACACAUCCUGUGUUGAGGUGGCGGGCAGCCCACCUAAGGGGCAUCUUAUCAGGGAUUUGUUAGGAAAAGCUCCUGUGCCUGUGGAAGGGGCCAAGACCGACAAGAUGGAGGAGUCCCUCACCUGUAUCAUCUGCCAGGACCUAUUGCAUGACUGUGUCAGCCUACAGCCCUGUAUGCACACCUUCUGUGCUGCAUGUUACUCUGGCUGGAUGGAGCGCUCGUCUCUCUGUCCCACCUGUCGCUGCCCUGUGGAGAGGAUCCGUAAGAACCACAUCCUCAACAACCUGGUGGAGGCCUACCUUAUUCAGCACCCAGAGAAGUGUCGCAGUGAAGAGGACCUGAAGAACAUGGACAGCCAGAACAAGAUAACCCAGGACAUGCUGCAGCCAAAAAUUGAGCGUUCCUUCUCUGAUGAGGAGGGCAGCUCUGAUUAUCUCUUUGAGCUUUCUGACAAUGACAGUGACACCUCUGAUAUCAGCCAGCCAUUUGUUAUGUGCAGACAGUGUCCAGGCUACAGAAGGGAGAGCGGCCAGGUACUGUGGGCCACAGGGCCGGCCCCUUCAGGCCCUCCCCCCCAUGGACCUCAGGACAGGGCUGGAAAACCACCGGGAGAGGGGCCAUCAACAUCAUCAUCAUGCUCGAAUGUUCCCACCAGAGCUCCUCAAGAGUACACGUGUCCUCCUCAGGGCAGCCAUGUCAUCUGUACAUGCUGCUUACAGCCAAUGCCUGAUCGCCGCGCCGAGCUUAUUGGCCAGCAAGUCUCCGCUCAGCAAUGCGUGGCUUGCCAGCGGCCCUUCUGCCACCUGUACUGGGGCUGCCAGAGGAUCGGCUGUCAUGGCUGCCUGGCCCGUUUUAAUGAGCUCAACCUUACAGACAAAUGCCUGGAUGGAGUUCUGAACAGCAAUAACUAUGAGUCAGAGAUCCUCCAGAGCUACUUGGCAGCCAGAGGGAUGUCAUGGAGGGACAUGUUACAGGAGGGUCUUCAGGGCCUUCAACAGGGAACUUUCUAUUUGUCUGAUUACCGUAUCAACAGUAAUGCCAUACUGUGUUUUUGCUGUGGCCUGCGAGCCUUCAAGGAGCUGGCUUACAAAUACAGACAGAACAUCCCUGCCUCUGAGCUUCCGGCUGCUGUGACGUCUCGGCCUGACUGUUAUUGGGGACGCAACUGCCGUACCCAAGUUAAGGCACACCACGCUACGAAAUUUAACCACAUAUGUGAGCAGACCCGUUUCAAGAGCUGAAGAGGUGCACCUGCUAUGCUAGGAUCCCCUCAAACUGGAACGAACACCCUUCAGAGGAUCUCCUGUUUUACUGUCUGUCUUUGUACAAAGGGAUCCUUUCUCCCCCCCUUAUUAAGCAGCCCGGAGAAAAGGUAUCUCUUUUAGGUAAAAUAACUUGUAGUUUUUGUACAUGCUGUAUAGAUGUAUUUGAUUAUUUGCAGAAAUUACAAUCAAACUCAUUUGAGAAGACUGGCUAGGUCUUAUGUAGCCUAAUCCUGGCGUUAAGGGAAAUGAUUUAGUCCUACCUCACCCAGUAGGAGCUGGUUCCCCUUCAUGAUGAUGACAGACUGAUUAUGGGGAAUAUAAUCAUCUCCCUGCAUUCCUGUAUCAUGUCCUUUUGGGUACAUGUCACAUGACUAGUUUGAGGGAUUUAAAGGUAUACAUAUAUAAAGUUGGCAAUCAAAAUGGACUUUGGCAGUAGCCUAUAGGGCACAUUGAUAGUAGUUAGCUGUUGUGGAUAGUUUUUCUAUUUAUGCAUACAUCAAGUUAGCACAAAAAGAGUAAAUUAUAAACUUGUUGUUUUUCUUUUUCUUAACUUGUGAUAUAGACCUUUACAGUCGAUUGUUCUCUACUCUAAGCCUAAGGAACUGAAAUACUGCUGGUUUUCUAUUCCAGGGUUGUAUGUUAUCAGUGCCUGAUUAGAGGGCUGGAAUGAAAACCAGCAGCACUUUGGAUUCUGAGACCUUGAAUUGAGAACCACUGUUUAGUUAUCUUGGAGAAUUAUGUAUUUGAAUUAGAAUCUAGAGCUUCCCACUUUUCUGUGAAAGUACAACAGCUUGCUGUGUUCUAAACAUCAGAAUAGUAGUCAUAUUUUGUCUCUUUAGCCUUUUCCCAAAUAAAAUAAGCACAGCUACGUUGGCAAAGACUUCUAUGCAUAUACAGA